GUCCAUUUAAUUUUUUAUUUUUGGUGGAUCCCAACACAAUUUGUGUUGAAAAAAAACGAGAUGCUAAUACCGCACCCGACCCGAUUUAUCUCCUCGAUCAAUUCCCAAUAUUUGUUUCUAGAGACGUAUUCACAAGAACCUCGCACUGAAACCUCCUAUCCACACCACCGUCGUCUUCCAGCUCUGUCAUGGCCGGAGAAUCGGAGAGCUUCCCGACACCCGCUGAGGACACCUCCGAGUAUGGUUUCGAGCGAGCAGAGAUGUACCAGGGCAGUCUCAUCGGCACCGUUGACCCGUACGAGCGCCACGUGUUCCUCUGCUACAAAUCUCACGAGACGUGGCCUUCACGCGUCGAGGAUUCGGAUUCCGAUCCUCUCCCUCAGCUGCUUGCUUCUGCUCUGAAAGCUCGUAAAAAUGAUAUCAGCGUCAAGACUCGCUUGACUAUUUGCGAGGGAGGCGAUGGUUUGAAGUUCUCAGAUGGAGAUGUUUUAAUCUUCCCUGAAAUGACCGUAUGUAGGGGUUUGACGGAGUCAGAUGUUGAUAGCUUUAUUGAGGAUGUGCUCGUUAACGGGAAGCCUUGGCUAUCUGGAAUGCAGGAGGAGUUGGCUGGUUCUUAUGUGUUUGUUUGUGCUCAUAACAAACGAGACCGUAGGUGUGGUGUUUGUGGCCCAAUUCUUAUUGAAAGAUUUAAAGAAGAGAUUGGGUCCAAGGAUUUGAAGGACCAGGUUUUUGUGGCUGCCUGUUCGCAUAUAGGAGGACACAAGUAUGCAGGCAAUGUGAUAACUUUUAGUGCGGAUCCUCAUGGCAAAAUUGCUGGCAAUUGGUAUGGGUAUGUCACACCUAAUGAUGUUCUUGAAUUGCUCGAUAAACAAAUUGGGAAGGGAGAAGUCAUUGACCGUAUCUGGAGAGGUCAAAUGGGUGCGAAAGCUAAAGAAGACGAACAAGUAGAGGAGCCGAAGCAUGCCACUGAAACUAAUGCGAAUGUCAAUGACAAACAACUUUCAGAGACUGUUACUGAAGUCGAGACGGAAGAUGUGGGAAGCUGUUGCCAGGGUGUUAACGGGUUUUUGUGCUGCUGUGCUGAAAAUGUUGAUAAAAAACAAAUUAAGAACAAAUUCUCAAGCUGGGUGGGAAAAUUUGAGCAGCGUAAUGUCCUUACAACUGUUGCUGUGGUGGGUGCAGUUGCCACCAUUGCUGUGGCUUAUGGUUUUUACCGAAGGGCAAGACAUAAAAACUCCAACAUUUGUUACUGUUCAACAAAAGCAUUCGGAAACAUCAAAUCUGGUUUAGGAACUGUUGCAUACUAUGAGAGCACUUUCAGUCGGAUUGUGGGUCCCCCACUGGAUCAGUCCGGUGGUAGCAAGUCAAGUAAAAGCCUAACCCUCAUUCUACCGUAA